AACCCCUUGCUCAGCUCAGCCGAAUCUAUAAAAGGAACUAGUCGCGGCAAAAAACCUGUAAUUCCGAGGGAGAGUGAGUGGGGCCGGGACCAGCCGAGCCGAGCAGACACCUCCCUCCCCGGCAGCGUGUGAGGAGAGCAGGGGCGCCGCAGGACCAGCGCCGCCAGAGCCAGUUUCUUGGGCGCUUCGCUCUUUUCUUCUUCUUCGCCCCCUCCCCCCCUUCUCAGGAAGGGCUUAUCAAGGGGUGGGAGAAAGAGACGCAGGCACAAAAGUGGAAAACAGUUAAUGACCAGCCACAGUGUCCCUGCUGCGAGCUCCUGCCACUGCCUUCAGGGGCUCUGGAGCCACACGCAGGUUGCUGUGGGCACCGGCUGAGGUAACAUGGCUUACUGGCCUCAGUUGAGGUUGCUGCUGUGGAAGAACCUCACUUUCAGAAGAAGACAAACAUGUCAGCUGUUGCUGGAAGUGGCCUGGCCUCUAUUUAUCUUCCUGAUCCUGAUGUCUGUUCGGCUAAGCUACCCACCCUACGAACAACAUGAAUGCCACUUUCCAAACAAAGCCAUGCCCUCUGCAGGAACACUUCCGUGGGUUCAGGGGAUUAUCUGUAAUGCCAACAAUCCCUGUUUCCGUUAUCCGACUCCUGGUGAGGCUCCUGGGGUUGUUGGAAACUUUAACAAAUCCAUAGUGUCUCGCCUAUUCUCAGAUGCUCGGAGACUACUUUUAUAUAGCCAGAAAGACACCAGCAUGAAGGACAUACACAAAGUUCUGAGAACAUUACAGCAGUUCGAGAAUUCCAGCUCAAGUUUGACGCUUCAGGACUUCCUUGUGGACAAUGAAACCUUCUCUGGAUUCCUGCAUCACAACCUCUCUCUGCCAAGGCCGACUGUGGACAAGAUGAUGGGGGCUGAUGUCAGACUCCACAAGGUAUUUUUGCAUGGGUACCAGUUACAUUUGACCAACCUGUGCAAUGGAUCAAAAUUAGGAGAAGUGAUUCAACUAGGUGACCAAGAAGUUUCCAAGCUUUGCAACCUGCCAAGGGAGAAACUAGAUGCUGCAGAGCAAGUACUUCGUUCCAACAUGGACAUCCUGAAGCCCAUCCUGGCGGGCCUAAACUCCACAUCUCCGUUCCUGAGCAAGGAGCUGGCUGAAGCCACAAAAACGUUGCUGGAUAGCCUUGGGACCCUGGCCCAAGAGCUGUUCAGCAUGAGGAGUUGGAGUGACAUGCGGCAGGAGGUGAUGUUUUUGACCAAUGUGAACAGCUCCAGCUCCGCUACCCAGAUAUACCAGGCAGUGUCCCGCAUUGUCUGUGGCCAUCCCGAGGGUGGGGGCCUGAAGAUCAAGUCCCUCAACUGGUAUGAGGACAACAACUACAAAGCCCUCUUUGGGGGCAAUGGCACUGAGGAAGAUGCUGGCACCUUCUAUGACAAUUCUACAACCCCUUAUUGCAAUGAUUUGAUGAAGAAUUUGGAGUCUAGUCCUCUUUCCCGCAUUAUCUGGAAAGCUCUCAAGCCUCUGCUUGUAGGAAAGAUCCUGUAUACACCUAACACUACGGCCACGAGGCAGGUUAUGGCUGAGGUGAACAAGACCUUCCAGGAGCUGGCUGUGUUCCACCAUCUGGAAGGCAUGUGGGAAGAACUCAGCCCCAAGAUCUGGACCUUCGUGGAGAGCAGCCAAGAAAUGGACCUUGUCCGGACAUUGUUGGACAGCAGAGGCAGUGACCACUUUUGGGAAGAGCGGUUGGAUGGCUCAGGCUGGACACCCCAGGACGUUGCGGCAUUUCUGGCCAAGCACCCAGAGGAUGUCCAGGCCAUUACUGGCUCUGUGUAUACCUGGAGAGAAGCUUUCAAUGAGACGAACCAGGCAAUAAAGACCAUAUCUCGCUUCAUGGACUGUGUCAACCUUAACAAACUGGAACCAAUAGCAACAGAAGUCCAGCUCAUCAACAAGUCCAUGGAGCUUCUGGAUGAGAGGAAGUUCUGGGCUGGUAUUGUGUUCACUGGAAUUAAUCCCAACAGUGAUGAGCUUCCCUAUCAUGUCAAGUACAAGAUUCGAAUGGACAUUGACAAUGUGGAGAGGACAAAUAAAAUCAAGGAUGGGUACUGGGACCCGGGUCCUCGGGCUGACCCCUUUGAUGAUAUGCGGUACAUCUGGGGUGGCUUCACCUACUUGCAGGACGUGGUGGAGCAGGCCAUCAUCAGGGUGCUGACGGGCACUGAGAAUAAAACCGGUGUCUACAUACAGCAGAUGCCCUACCCAUGUUAUGUUGAUGACAUCUUCCUGCGGGUGAUGAGCCGGUCCAUGCCCCUCUUCAUGACGCUGGCCUGGAUAUACUCUGUGGCUGUGAUCAUCAAGGGCAUUGUGUACGAGAAGGAGGCGCGGCUGAAGGAGACCAUGCGGAUCAUGGGCCUGGACAAUGGCAUCCUCUGGUUUAGCUGGUUCAUCAGCAGCCUUAUCCCUCUGCUUGUGAGCGCCAGCCUACUGGUGGUCAUCCUGAAGUUAGGAAACUUGCUGCCCUAUAGCGACCCCAGUGUGGUGUUUGUAUUCCUCUCUGUGUUUGCCGUGGUGACCAUCCUGCAGUGCUUCCUGAUAAGCACGUUCUUCUCCAGAGCCAACCUGGCGGCAGCCUGUGGGGGCAUCAUCUACUUCAUCCUGUACCUGCCCUACGUCCUGUGUGUGGCAUGGCAGGACUACGUGGGCUUCACCCUCAAGGUCUUUGCAAGCCUACUGUCUCCUGUGGCUUUUGGGUUUGGCUGUGAGUACUUCGCCCUUUUCGAGGAGCAGGGCACUGGCGUGCAGUGGGACAACCUGUUCGAGAGCCCUGUGGAGGGAGAUGGCUUCAACCUCACUACCUCAGUCUCCAUAAUGCUGUUUGACACUUUCCUCUAUGGGGUGAUGACGUGGUACAUUGAGGCUGUCUUUCCAGGCCAGUAUGGAAUUCCCAAGCCCUGGUAUUUUCCUUGUACUAAGUCCUAUUGGUUUGGUGAGGAAAGUAAUGAGAAGAGCCAUCCCUGUUCCAGCCAGAAGGGAGUAUCAGAAAUCUGUAUGGAGGAGGAGCCCACUCACCUGAAGCUGGGUGUGUCCAUUCAGAACCUGGUGAAGGUUUACCGAAAUGGCAUGAAGGUGGCAGUUGAUGGCCUGGCACUGAAUUUUUAUGAAGGCCAGAUCACCUCCUUCCUGGGCCACAAUGGAGCGGGAAAGACCACCACCAUGUCCAUCCUGACUGGGUUGUUCCCUCCCACCUCGGGCACCGCCUAUAUCCUGGGGAAAGACAUUCGCUCAGAGAUGAGCACGAUCCGGCAGAACCUGGGGGUCUGUCCCCAGCAUAAUGUGCUGUUUGACAUGCUGACUGUCGAAGAGCACAUCUGGUUCUAUGCCUGCCUGAAAGGCCUCUCUGAGAAGCACGUGAAAGCAGAGAUGGAGCAGAUGGCUCUGGAUGUCGGCCUGCCUCCCAGCAAGCUAAAAAGCAAAACAAGUCAGCUGUCAGGUGGAAUGCAGAGAAAGCUGUCUGUGGCCUUGGCCUUCGUGGGGGGAUCCAAGGUUGUCAUUCUGGACGAGCCCACAGCUGGUGUGGACCCUUACUCCCGCAGGGGGAUAUGGGAGCUGCUGCUAAAGUAUCGACAAGGCCGCACCAUUAUUCUCUCCACACACCACAUGGAUGAAGCAGACAUUCUGGGGGACAGGAUUGCCAUCAUUUCCCAUGGGAAGCUGUGCUGUGUGGGCUCCUCUCUGUUCCUGAAGAACCAACUGGGAACAGGCUACUACCUCACCCUGGUCAAGAAGGAUGUGGAAUCCUCCCUCAGUUCCUGCAGAAAUAGCAGUAGCACUGUGUCAUACCUGAAAAAGGUGGUGCCUGAGGUACACCCAGCUGGGCAGAGUGGAGGCAGAGGAGGAGAGGUGCAGAGGCUGGUGGUGCUGACUCAAGAUGUCUCUGCUAUCUCCAACCUCAUCAGGAAGCAUGUGGCUGAGGCACGGCUGGUGGAAGACAUUGGGCAUGAGCUGACCUACGUGCUGCCCUAUGAAGCUGCUAGGGAGGGGGCCUUUGUGGAACUCUUCCAUGAGAUUGAUGACCGGCUCUCAGAUCUGGGCAUCUCUAGUUACGGCAUCUCAGAGACCACCCUGGAAGAAAUAUUCCUCAAAGUGGCUGAAGAGAGCGGGGUUGAUGCUGAGACCUCAGAUGGCACCUUGCCAGCAAGACGGAACAGACGGGCCUUUGGGGACAGGCAGAGCUGUCUUCGCCCAUUCACAGAAGAUGAUGCCGUAGAUCCCACUGAUUCUGACAUAGACCCAGAGUCCAGAGAGACAGACCUGCUCAGUGGAGUGGAUGGCAAAGGCUCCUACCAAGUGAAGGGCUGGAAACUCACACAGCAACAGUUCGUGGCCCUUUUGUGGAAGAGGCUACUGAUUGCCAGGAGGAGCCGGAAGGGAUUCUUUGCUCAGAUUGUGCUACCCGCUGUGUUUGUCUGCAUCGCCUUGGUGUUCAGCUUGAUUGUGCCACCCUUUGGCAAAUACCCCAGCCUGGAACUUCAACCCUGGAUGUACAAUGAGCAAUACACGUUUGUCAGUAACGAUGCUCCUGAGGACUUGGCCACCCAGGAACUCUUGAAUGCCCUCACUAAAGACCCUGGCUUUGGAACCCGAUGUAUGGAAGGAAAUCCCAUCCCAGAUAUGCCCUGCUUGGUGGGGGAGGAGGAGUGGACCACCGCCCCAGUUCCCCAGACCAUCAUGGACCUCUUCCAAAAGGGGAACUGGACGAUGGAGAACCCUUCACCUGCCUGCCAGUGUAGCAAUGACAAAAUCAAGAAGAUGCUGCCCGUGUGUCCCCCAGGGGCAGGGGGGCUGCCUCCUCCACAAAGAAAACAGAGCAGUGCGGACAUCCUUCAGAACCUGACGGGAAGAAACAUUUCAGAUUAUCUGGUGAAGACAUAUGUGCAGAUCAUAGCCAAAAGCUUAAAAAACAAGAUCUGGGUGAAUGAAUUUAGGUAUGGUGGAUUUUCCCUGGGUGCCAGUAAUUCUCAAGGACUUCCUCCAAGUGAAGAAGUUAAUGAUGCCAUCAAGCAAGUGAAGAAACACUUGAAGCUGACCAAGGACAGUUCUGCAGAUCAAUUUCUUAGCAGCUUGGGAAGGUUUAUGACUGGACUGGACACCAAAAAUAACGUCAAGGUGUGGUUUAACAACAAAGGCUGGCAUGCCAUCAGCUCUUUCCUGAAUGUCAUCAACAAUGCCAUUCUCCGGGCCAACGUGCAGAAGGGAGAGAACCGGAGAAAAUAUGGGAUUACUGCUUUCAAUCACCCCCUGAAUCUCACCAAGCAGCAGCUCUCAGAAGUGGCUCUAAUGACCACGUCAGUGGAUGUCCUUGUUUCCAUCUGUGUCAUCUUCGCGAUGUCCUUUGUGCCGGCCAGCUUUGUCGUGUUCCUGAUUCAGGAGCGGGUCAGCAAAGCAAAGCACCUGCAGUUCAUCAGUGGAGUGAAGCCGGUCAUCUACUGGCUCUCCAAUUUUGUCUGGGAUAUGUGCAACUAUGUGGUCCCUGCCACGCUGGUCAUUAUCAUCUUCAUCUGUUUCCAGCAGAAGUCCUACGUGUCCUCCACCAACCUGCCUGUGCUAGCCCUUCUACUUUUGCUGUAUGGGUGGUCGAUCACACCUCUCAUGUACCCAGCCUCCUUCGUGUUCAAGAUACCUAGCACAGCCUAUGUGGUCCUCACCAGCGUAAACCUCUUCAUUGGGAUCAAUGGCAGUGUUGCCACUUUUGUACUGGAGCUCUUCACCAACAAUAAACUGAGUAACAUCAACGACAUCCUGAAGUCUGUGUUCUUGAUCUUCCCUCAUUUUUGCCUAGGGCGGGGGCUCAUUGACAUGGUGAAAAACCAGGCAAUGGCUGAUGCCCUGGAAAGGUUUGGGGAGAACCGCUUUGUCUCACCACUUUCUUGGGACUUAGUGGGACGGAACCUCUUCGCCAUGGCUGUGGAAGGGGUGGUGUUCUUCCUCAUUACUGUUCUGAUCCAGUACAGAUUCUUCAUCAGGCCCAGACCUGUAAAUGCAAAGCUUCCUCCUCUGAAUGAUGAGGAUGAAGAUGUGAGGCGGGAAAGACAGAGGAUUCUUGAUGGUGGAGGACAGAAUGACAUCUUGGAAAUCAAAGAAUUGACUAAGAUCUAUAGAAGGAAGAGGAAGCCUGCAGUUGACAGGAUCUGCAUUGGCAUUCCCCCUGGCGAGUGCUUUGGACUUCUGGGAGUUAACGGGGCUGGGAAAUCAUCAACUUUCAAGAUGUUAACUGGAGAUACCACUGUUACCAGAGGAGAUGCUUUUCUUAACAAAAAUAGUAUCUUAUCAAACAUCCAUGAAGUACAUCAGAACAUGGGCUAUUGCCCUCAGUUUGAUGCCAUCACGGAGCUACUGACUGGGAGAGAACAUGUGGAGUUCUUUGCUCUCUUGAGAGGAGUCCCAGAGAAGGAAGUUGGCAAGGUUGGUGAAUGGGCAAUUCGGAAACUGGGCCUUCUGAAAUACGGAGAAAAAUAUGCUGGUAACUACAGUGGAGGCAACAAGCGCAAGCUCUCCACAGCCAUGGCUUUGAUCGGUGGGCCUCCUGUGGUGUUUCUGGAUGAACCCACCACAGGCAUGGAUCCCAAAGCCCGGAGAUUUUUGUGGAAUUGUGCCCUAAGUAUUGUCAAGGAGGGGAGAUCAGUAGUGCUUACAUCUCAUAGUAUGGAAGAAUGUGAAGCUCUUUGUACUAGGAUGGCAAUUAUGGUCAAUGGGAAAUUCAGGUGUCUUGGCAGUGUUCAGCAUCUGAAAAACAGGUUUGGAGAUGGAUAUACAAUCGUUGUACGAAUAGCAGGGUCAAACCCUGACCUGAAACCUGUCCAGGAAUUCUUUGGACUCGCCUUUCCAGGAAGUGUCCUUAAAGAGAAACAUCGAAAUAUGCUGCAAUACCAGCUUCCAUCUUCAUUAUCUUCUCUGGCCAGGAUAUUCAGCAUCCUUUCCCAGAGCAGAAAGCAACUCCAUAUAGAAGACUACUCUGUUUCUCAGACGACACUUGACCAAGUAUUUGUGAACUUUGCCAAGGACCAAAGUGAUGAUGACCACUUAAAGGACCUGUCAUUACACAAAAACCAGACAGUAGUGGAUGUUGCAGUUCUUACGUCUUUUCUGCAGGAUGAGAAAGUCAAAGAAAGUUAUGUAUGAAGAAUCCUGUUCAUACAGGGCAGCUGAAAGAAAGGAGGAACUAGACCUUCCUUUAUGCCAUGUGAAGUGUUCCAGAGGAAAGAGCCAGGAGUUUUUGUGGGAAGAAAUAAACUGGAUACUGUACUGAUACUAUUCAAUGCAAUGCAAUUCAAUGCAAUGAAAACAAAAUUCCAUUACAGGGGCAGUGCCUUUGUAGCCUAUGUCUUGUAUGGCUCUCAAGUGAAAAAGACUUGAAUUUAGUUUAUUACCUUAUACAUGUGUGAAACUCUAGUAUGGAACCCAGUGGACAUAUGGGUUUGAAAUCAUACUCUUUUUUUCCUUUGUAUUCUAACUGGGAUCGCAACAAUAAUUCAUCAGUUAAUCAUGGCCAGUGAUUAUCAAAAUCAAAAGGCAUGCAGAUCCUCAUUCAUUAACCCAUGCCAUGUCAGGAGACUGGUUUCCCGGUGACACAUCCAUUGCUGGCAAUGAGUGUGCCAGAAUUACUAGUGCCAAGUUACUUAGAAAGCCUGAAGCGCCACAGUGUGUCAUGCACACUUUUGUGAAAUCUCCUCUGCUCAGAGUCUGUCGACAUCAUUAAAUAUCAGGCAACAAAAUGGUGCCAUGUGUGGGCAAAGUCCUGCUUUGAUUUCUUCUUUGGUGGAGCUGCUCUGGUGGUGGUCACAUGAGAAAUGUGGGCAUCUCUAGACACCCGAGACUUGGUUCCACUGUCAUGUUGUCCCUCACUUGGAGCCAUGAGUCUCCAGGGCCAUCUUUCUGGGAUGGCCAUCUUAUGCAUACUUAGAUCCUGGUAAGCAAAGAAUUGACAGCCAAAUUACUGGUGCUGCAAGCUGUUGAGGCCAGGGCAUGGGAUUAAAGGGACAGCUGUCAAGCCUGGGGAGGCCUGUGCCCAUCCGUCCUGAUUGUCUGGUAAUGCGGUACACUGCAUCUCAAGAUCUUUGUUGUUUGACACAGUGUUGUAUUAUUUCUGGCUUUUUCAAUUAAUUUAGAAUAUCAAAAGAUAGAGUUGUACUUUGACAAAAAUCUUUGUACUUUUAAUGUUAUUUGGAUUUUUAAGUUCUGUCAGUGACUUCUGAAACCUUAGAAUGGACUCUUUGUAGAACGUAGUAGCAUAGCGGAGUAUGGCCAUGCUGCUAUACUAGCCUUAUUUUCUCAUAUAAGUUUGCAGAUGGGUAGUCUGACUAGUGAAAAUAAUGCGAUGGUCAAGAUCUCAUGACAAUGUUAGAUUUGAAUUUCUUUAAGGUGAUUUAAAAUACUCAAUCUCAGUCUAUGAAUCAAGUAUUUUUUGAACGUGUGCUAUAGCUGAAUGAAUAUGGAUAGUGGAGUGAGAAAUUAAGUCUUGGUAGACUUCUUGUGCCAUGUUGUUCGUCUAACUGGUUUACAAACAUAGGUUGUUUAUAUAGUUCUUGUGUGGGAGCCCACUGAAGGAAUAUUGGGCAACCCAUUUAUUUUUUAAAUAGCAACAAUUGCAAGAGCCAAGCAAGUACAAGUGUCGUAAGUGUCACAGGCUAAACAACGAAUUCUUUCACAGAGAAAUUGGCAACUUGGAAACUUGUUGAAAAUAUAACUUGUGAUUAUGGUAUUGUAGUACUUUAAAAUAACUGGUUUUGCAUAUGUUAGACAACCCAUUAAAAUCUCUUGACAGUCUCAAAAUUUCCAUUUCUUCAAUCACUACCCUAUGGUGAAAAAAAUAAAAAGCAAAAAACUCCAGCAAACCCUACAAGGGGUAUUUUUCAAACUUUUCUAACCCAAUCUUAAUUUUUUGGUCAGUAAACACUAAAAAAUAUUUCAGUAAUGUUUAAUGCCAUCUAUCUUGACACAAAAAUAUGAGAGAAGUACUGUUUGGUGAGAUUUACGUGAUCUUUCAAUAUCAUUAUUCUUUUUCUAAAAUUUAAAUACUAACUCUGAAGGUGUAAGAUUUCAGAUCUAUCUCAAAUUCACCUAUGUUUUCUUGUAGAGUUUACAGAAUGUUUUUUAAUUCACUACUUGAAAAUAGAAAAUGACUGUUUUAGAAACAAUAUUUUUUGAGAUAAGUAAUAUGUAAUAGAGACACAUUUCCAGUAAUUAUUGGCAUGAGUUCAUUAUAUUUCCUACUAUCUUUGGUGAUUUAAAAUUCACAGAAUAGUUCGUCCUAUCCAAAUAUUUUUCAAAAAUUAAACACCUUUUUUAUUUUUCCCAUUUCUUAUAAUUGUGUUCUAAUUCUCCAUUACAUUAAAUCCAUAAGCAGCUCCUUGCUUUAAUUACUCUGAUUUUGAGGCCAUAUUUAAAAAUUCAAAAGUCACUGUAUUAUCCUUUUCCUGGAAAAAAAGUUUCAAUGCAGAUUUUUUAAAAAUCUCAUUUGAAACUACAAUUUACAGUUACACAUCACCUUCAUUAAUAUUGUUACUAUUUAGACUGUUUAGAUAAUAAUCUUUUAUAUUUUCCUGUGUAAACCUAAUUAGAAAUUUUUGCUAGCUUUAUGCUUGCUCAGUCAAGUAAAAUUUUAUAUAUUCCAUGUGGAAAUGUAAUUAUGUGAGUUUCAGAAAUUCUCAAAAAAAAUUUCUUCAAAGAUUUCUGCUUUGGCUUCUUCUGGACACCUUGGAAACUUUAUUAACAACUGUGAAUAUGAAAAAAAGAAAACAACCCUUUAUAAAUAAAUGCCCAGCACAGUUCAUUGUUAAAAAACAACCAACCAAACCUCAAACUACUGUAUUUCAAUAUCUGUACUGAAAGCACAUGCUUUAUGACUAUUAAAUGUUACACAUCAUCUGUUCACUGUA